AUGAGUUCUGAUUUGAUCACCGAGGCGGGCAAGGUCAACCACGCAGGGCGGGCACCGGCGGCCCUGCGCGCCGCGGCCGCGGCGGGUGCAGCGGGCCCAGAGGCCUGGGCGGCCAGCUGGGUGGACGCGGAGAUCGCGAGGAGCCCCGUGGUGCUGUUCGGCAACUCCGCUUGCGCGGCCUCUCGUGCCGUGGAGAGCGCGCUGCGGGACGCGGGCGUGCACGCGCAGGUGGUGGAGGUGGACCGCAUGGCGCUGGCAGCUGGCGGGUCCUGGCCAUCGCUCGUGUCCAGACACUUGGCGGUUCGGGCUGGCUGCGACGAGGGCGGGGUGCUGCCAGCACUCUUCGUCGGCGGCAAGCACGUGCGCGAGGGUUCCCAGCCUUUCACGAGCAUCGAGUUCAUGCGGCGGUGUUCGCUCGCUGGGGCGGUGAGUCUGCAUCCAGUGGACACAGUUGCGAGCGAGAACUGGUCUGUGAUCGAGGCUGGGGCUCGAAAGGGCCGCGUUCGACCGCCGAAAGACUUCAAUGGACGCAGAUGGUAUAUGGACAAGCCUGACAUGGCGGAAUACCCAAACGAGCACAACGAUCUUGCGCGCAUUGAGUAUGGGAAGUAUUUAAGCGCCCCUCAGAUGGGUUGGUACCAGCCAACCGCCGCGGGAGAGGAGCUCAUGCGUCAACGAACGCUCUUGGACGCGCCUCACAAGCCCGACGAGAGCGUCGGCGACGUACACAAGAAGCGCCCUGACUUCUCUUACAUGGACCUCGCGUUGACAAGGGAUUACGGAAGCUUUGGACGUGCCUCGCGGAAAAGAAACCUGGUGGACAAGGCGAAGUUCGACAGCGUCACGCGCGAGAUGUGUGUCCGCGAGGGCCUAUCCAGGGAUGAGCUCCUCUGGGUCCUGACCCUCAAUCGGAAGCAGCUGGCCUCGGAGCUGACCCUGCGGCACCUCCGCGACCUGGUCGUCCCCGCCGUGGACAUCGAGAACCUGCGGGACGCCCUCCGAGACGCGCUGCGCGCCGAGCGCAGGUACAGCCCCACGCGGCACGUCCGGCCCGGGAGCGCGGCGGAGCUGACCGCAGACCAGCUCGCGGAGGAGAUCAAGGCCGACUCCGGCACCGUGCUGCUCGUGGCGGUCGUCAGCCCGCGGAGCCCGCCCUCGCUCCGCCUGGCCCCGGAGGUGGGCCGAGCGGCCGCCCGCCUGCAGAAGGCGGCCCGGAUCGUGGCCGUGGACGGCCUGGUGGCCCCGGACGUGUGCCGCCACUUCAAGGCCGCGGGGGCGGCGAGCCCGCGCCCCACCCGGACUCUCAGAGGAGGGAAGGGUACCCCUAUAUAG